UUGUUCCACCACCGAGCCGCUUGCUUUGAUGCAACAAGCUGUCUUCCAACAACAUUUCAACCCAACCCAACCACCCCGCAUACAACCUGCACCUCAAACUCUACGACGCACCAAGACAAAACAAAACGCCAUUUUUCUCUUGGGCUGCAGGUCCCUUGCACCGCCUUCGCCAUGAGUGCCCCUUUCAUGGUCAAGGCUCUCUUCGAGUACUCGUCCCCGCACGAAGAGGACCUUCCGUUCCCCGCUGGCCAGAUAAUCACUGUCACCGAGGUAGAAGACGACGACUGGUAUACGGGCGAGUUUGUCGGCGAGGAUGGCGUCAAGCAUCAGGGCAUCUUCCCACGCAACUUCGUCGAGAAGUACGAGCCUGUAGCUCCCCCGCGACCAACUCGCACACGACCAAAGAAAGAAUCGGAACCCACAGCAGCCACGUCGCCGCCACCUCCUGCACCUGCGGCUGUUGCAGCUCCCGAGCCAGUCGAGGAGCCUACGCCAUCGGAGCCCGAGCAGCCUCUAAAAGCUGAAACCCAGCUUGCGUCUGAGCCUGCCGAACAAACCCCCAUCGCCUCUGGCACCGCAUCCGCUGCAUCCGCUGCAUCGCCUCCAGCUCCCGAGCCUGUCGCACCUGUUCCGAUCGCGGCACCGCCCGCCUCCGUUCCCAAGCCUGAGCCUCAGGCAACCUCCCCGCCGGCUCCCAAGGCCGCACCGUCGGCUUCGAAAACCAGCGGCCCACCGCCCGUAGCGGAGAAACCCACUGGAAAUGCGUUCAAAGACCGAAUCGCCGCUUUCAACAGGGCUGCCGCUCCACCCAUAACACCCUUCAAGCCUAGUGGCCUUGGAGGAUCUAGCUUCAUCAAAAAGCCUUUUGUCGCGCCUCCACCGAGCAGGAAUGCAUUUGUGCCACAGCCUCAGAGCGCCCCGGUUCCAAGGGUGUACCGGCGUGAAGAGGAUCCUGAGAUCAAGGAGCGCGAGCAAGAGAACCAGGAGACCGCCGAGAAGGUUGGCCUGGCUUCCACAGCUUCAAAUGAAGGUGAGGAUGAAGACCAGCCGAAGCCAAUGAGUCUCAAGGAGCGCAUGGCCCUCUUGCAGAAACAACAACAGGAACAAGCUCAGAGGCAUGCCGACGCCGCAGCCAAGAAGGAUAAGCCGAAACGUCCAGCCAAGAAGCGCAUGGAAAGUAAUGAAGGAGCAGAGGAGGAUGGCUCGUCGCAACUUGCACCCCCACAACUGGAACGCAAGGACAGUGAGGAUACUGCUGGCAGGCCAUCCAUUGAUGAGUCUCAAGGUUCUCGCGCCGCUCCUGCCGGUCGUAGGAAGUCAUCCGCGAAGGCCCUCGGAGGAGAACCUUACGAUGGCAACGAAGCUGACAUGUCUGGAGCUGGUGACACAACGGAAGGACAAGAGGAUGUCACCGAACGGGAGGACAGUGAUGACAGGUCGCAUCACGUUUCAAGAUCUUCCGUUGCGGCAGGCAAGGCACCCGCCGUUGAGGAGGAAGAUGAGGAAGAAGACGACGAAGAUGAGGGAGAUAUCGACCCAGAAGUGAGGCGUAAAGAGGAGCUCCGUGCGCGAAUGGCCAAAAUGAGCGGCGGGAUGGGCAUGGCCGGCAUGUUUGGUAUGCCCAUGCCCGGCCUCGGUGUGCCCGCCAAGAAGAAGAAGGCCUCAGUCGCGGUCGAGAGACGCGACAGCGAAGGCCCCGAAGGUAUGCCCUCUCCAGGCUUGCAUGCGCCUCCAGUGCCUGCCAUGGUUGCGCUUCCUGGUCUUGCAACCCGGCGUUCCGAAGAUAGGCCCACGGAAGAAGUUGCCCCGGCUCCAGCUCCCCAAAAAGAUGAGGAAGAGGGAGACGCGGAGACGCCAUCUCAAUCCGUACAAUCUCCUCCGGUUGUGCCAUCCCGAGUCUCCAUGUCAGGUGCUCCGCCAGUUCCCGGCAACCGGCCAGUCCCGCCGCCCGUUCCCUCAGAGGCUCGUCCUCCACCUGUGCCUCCUAUCGCAGGUGUAAAAUCACCUAGUGCUGGGUCUGAAUCCGAUGACGAGCUGUCGGAACAUCCCAUACCAGAACCCCUUGCAACUCCGCGAGGAGAGCCUACUCCUACCUCUAGGGCUCCGCCUCCUCCGCCUCCAGGGCCACCACCGGUCGAGCCUAGCUCUCCGCGGUCUCCAGGCCCAAGACAGCAGAGUUUCUUCGGCGGUGGCGAUGAGAUCUCGCCAACUUCACCAACUGCUUCCAGCAUGUCGAACAAGCGCGCUAGCAGACCACCGCCGCCUAUUCCCGCGAUGCCUCCUUCAUCACCUCCACCUGCGGCUUCCCGUCCUCCGCCUCCUCCGCCUCCAGGAGGGUUGAGUCGUCGCUCGACUGCCGACAACCGGCCGUCGUCGCCAACAAAAGCAACGAGGAAGGAACUUUCGGAUGAGGAAGAGAUUACUGAGUACGAGGGCGACUAUGAUACGGACAUCGGGUCGUCUGUGCCUCACAAAGACGCCCUGAAAUCCCACGGCCGAGAUUCAAGUAUAGAUGAGACAACGUCGGUGUCUUCUCCCGUUGCAACCGCUCCGCCAACCCUGCCGCCGCCGAUUCCUUCGGUUAAUGCUCCUCGGGCUCCUCCACCCAUCCCUAAUCAGCCACCUCCAGCCCCGAAAACCGAUUAUCGCCGUUCCGUAGACAUGCCACGCAUGGCACCUCCGCCUCCACCGCCGCAGAAGGAGGCUCCCCAAUAUGACGACGAUUACGAUCCGUACAACUAUUCGGCACCGAGCCAAGGCGUUUCAGCAGCACCUGGCUACGCGCCACCCCCUCCAAAGUCACCAAGAUCACCGGAAAUUCCACACACGUCGGAAGCGCCCUAUCAGCCGCCACCUCCACCACCCGGCGUCCAGCAGAGCAGUCGUGUCGCUCGGCAGUCCUUAGAUGUUGGACGGCCGUCGCACUCUGGACGUAGGUCGGUGGACAUCGGACCUUCUUCGAUGGACUCGCAUUUCGUGGCCAACGACAUCGACUUAGCGCCAUCAUCAAGCUGGUGGACGCAACGUAAUGGGUUGCCACCACAGCUGCAAGGUCGCAAGGACAUAUUCUUCGAGUCUGAACAGUCAGUAUCGGCACAAGGAAGCAAAAGCAUGGUUACUCGCGACAUUUAUAUCCUAUAUCACGAUUAUUCUCAGACUGUCAUUACAGUCUCGUACGACGGAAAGAAUCCGAGCGAUGUGCACCUGAGCCAGCGUCACGAGCCCCCGCCGCGAACUCUGCGUCAGGAUCAACUGGAGCAAUCGUAUGAGCGGUUCGGCCGUCAGAUUGCAGAGGCUGUCAAGGGAAAGAAGGAGACUGUGGUCGGCGACGGAACGCCUUACGGCCUUGUGCAAGAACUCCUGCGCUCACACAAGGACGCGCUUCUACCAGUAGGCACACGGGCCUACGGCGCACUCGUCUAUGCCAACAUGGCCAAUGCCAGCACCACUGUUAACGACGAGAUUCGACCCGGCGACAUCAUGUCCAUUCGCAACGCCAAGUUCUCAGGCAAGCACGGCGCUCUGGGACACAAGUACAGCAUGGAAGUCGGCCGGCCGGAUCACGUGGCUGUCGUGGCCGAGUGGGAUGGCAGCAAGAAGAAAGUACGGGCUUGGGAGCAGGGCAGGGAGAGCAAGAAGACGAAGCUCGAGAGUUUCAGGCUCGACGACCUGCGCAGCGGUGAGGUCAAGAUAUGGAGGGUUAUGCCGCGGAGUUGGGUCGGCUGGGAAGGGCAGAACUAG